AUGAUUUUAACCGAGUAUGAUAUCCAGUAUACGACUCAAAAGGCCAUCAAGAGUAGUAUAGUUGUUGACUACUUAGCUCAUCACCCUGUAGAGGAUUAUCAUCCAAUGAAGUUUGAAUUUCCUGAUGAAGAUGUAUUGUUUCUCAAAGAAUGUUACCCCAGACCAUACCCAGACAAAGGCCCAGAACCAGGAUCACGAUGGAUGCUCGUGUUUGAUGGUGCUUCAAAUGCUUUGGGAAACAGUGUGGGAGAUGUCAUUACUUCUCCCACGGGUUUUCAUAUUCCUUUCACUGCCAAAAUCUAUUUUGAUUGCACGAAUAUAAUGGCCGAAUAUGAAGCUUGUAUCUACGGGAUUGAAGUCGCUAUUGAUUUGAGAAUCAAAUAUCUGAAUGUAAAUGGGGAUUCUGCUCUAGUUAUCAGCCAAAUCAAUGGAGAUUGGGAGACUCGUCACCCGAAUCUGAUUCCGUACCGAGAGCAUGUGAUGAAAUUGAUUCCAUACUUUGAGGAGAUCACGUUUGAUCAUAUUCCAAGGGAAGAAAACCAUUUAGCAGAUGCACUGGCUACUCUAGCAUACAUGUUUAAAGUUAAAUGGGCAAAUGAGAUCCCCUCUGUCGCAACGUGA